AGCGCGAAAGGAUAAUAGUUUUUCUUGUCAGGAGCAAAUGACAUUGGACAAUGAACUGCGACAAAAAAAUAUAAUGUAUAAAUUGUGUUGGACAUGAACUUGAAGCCGAAAUGAAUAAUCGAUUUUUGACAUUUAAAAAUUCCGUUAUAUAUGUAUCGACAUUUAAAAAUAUCGAUAAUUUAUAAGCCUAAUGUCAUGUCAAGCAAGUCAACAACUUAAAAAUUAACAACGACGGAGCCAUAGAUACAAAAGUUGAAGUUGAACUUGAACGAAUUCGAAUAGCGCCGUCGAAUAAAAGAAGAAUACUUAUUAUUGAAAUAAAUAAUGUCAACACAGAAAAUGGUUACGCUAUCAACAAUAACUAUAGGUGAUAUUUUAUCUGGGUCAAUUUGUUCUGGGUCGAAGAAAGUAGAUCCAGAUGCUAUUUUGCCAUUUAUAAUUGUGCCUAUAAUACUGGUAACAGGUACAAUAUCCUUGAACACCACAGUGAUUCUCAUGGGUAUGACUGGGAUGGGUGUCUUGUAUGUGAUAUCACGACCAAGGAAAAAGAAUAGGUCUCCAUUUUUCUUCUCAUGGACAUUGUCAUCAAUGCUGUACAUGUACCUGGUGUACCAGUUAGUAGUGGUGAAAUUCUUUCAAAUCACUAUCAUUGAAAACUUCGUUUUUGUGACUCUAGUUGCUUGCACCUGUUAUUUAUUUUACAAAAUGAAAGCAAUUGCUGAUCAUGAACUCACUGGUUCCUCUAAAGGAAAAGAAUACAGCCCAGUUCUAACAGCAGAUUCACAGUACUGCCAAAUAUGCCAGAUAGAAGUAAAUGAAAGGCUAUUCCAUUCUAUAUGGUGGGACUGCUGUGUAUUUCGGCCUAACUACAAAUAUUUUCUAUUUGCUCAAAUAUGUGCCUUUGCAACCAUCGUAGUUGGAACCAACUAUGGUCUCACAACCGCAUGUCACCCUUUCAUGUCGUUUGGCAGUAUUGUGUUACCUGAGAACUGUGAUCAUGUGUAUGCACAAUUCAGGACGGCGUUAAUAUUUGUAACCUGUAUUUAUGGAUUAGGAUAUCUAUUGGUUGUUAUUCUUGUGUUACUGCACCAAUUGUAUAAUGUCAUUCCGAAGUGUGAAAACCCAUUACAAAAAUUUGUAGACGCAUUUGAUGUAUGAAAAAUAAAUUCUGGAGGACUAAAACGAAAUAUCUGCAAAUGGGUCUAUUUUCACUUUGAUAACUAACCAGAGUACUGAAACUAAGUGAUAAUUGAGAGCUCUCUUGAAUAGACACUGGUAGUCAUUGUGGAUGAAUAUACACAUUGACCUAGGUCAAUGAAUAUACAUAUAAAAUUCAUUUCAUGAUAUCGCGAAAGAGGCUUUGCUUUAUGUUAACACACCUACUGUUAUUUUAAUGUAUAUAAAUAUGAAGAAAAGGAAACGAAAAGACUCAGGUAAAACAUUGUGAGAAAUAAGAGUUAAU